AUGGCUGCCAGGGCUAUGUUAGUCCUUUUUGCUCAAGCGCUUUUAAUCCAGUCAGUGCUAUCCCAGAAUUGUGGCCGUUUAUAUACUCCUGCAGCCUACAGCUUAUCAACUCCUUUCGGUUACGACGGAUUCUCAACUGGCUUCGCAAGCAAUACCUUUCCUGGCAGACUGGUAGGCACCAGCUUAACCUACAAUGGUCUAUCAAACAAUAUUAUAAACGCUCCAGUAGUAGAAAUUACUCCAACAUCUGGAGGAGCCUUACCAGUAACCAGUGCAUCACCAAUCGCUCCUAACAGCAUCCUGGUUGCAUCAGAAAAUGUUUACGAAGGUACCUUAGCUGUCGCUGGUGAGCUACCUUUCGUGGGUACAGUAGGAUUGGAAGGUGAUCUUCCUACAAUAGGUUCAGGAGCUGUUAAUCAUGCUUGUGGUAAUGGAGCUAUAGGAAUGAUAAGUCAAGAUGCUCUUGUUAAUAAUAUUGGUACAGGAUAUGCUCCCUCAGCUUUCGGGAACAUGUAUGGAAAUAUUGGUGGAUUUGGUAAUCCAGUUAUCGCUUCUCCCUUUCCUUACAAUGCUGGAUUAGCAGGACCUUCCUAUCCUGCCACUGGCUUGGCUGGUGCUGGUCUGACUGACAACUUCGGAUUGGCUGGUGCUGGUCUAGCUGGCUCCUACGGAUUGGCUUCUGGUUUGGGUUAUGACGGACUCGCCUACCCUGGCGCUGCCGGUUACGGCUCUGGAGUCGCCGCGUACGGCGGCGCCGGUGAAGGCAACGUGGCGGUCGCUGGUGAGCUGCCAGUCGCCGGUAACACCGCUCUGUAUGGACAGGUGCCCAUCAUGGGCGCUGUGAGCUUCAGCGGUCCUGUGGCUGCUUCUGGUGCCGUGACCAUCACAGCAAAAUGUGCUUGUGGUUGUGGCUAUCAGUAUUUAUAUUAA